GCCCCUCUCUGGUCGGGCCCGCCCCUCGGCUCUAGUACCGCCUCUUCCGCGUUCUCGGAGCGACCUGCAGGUGGGUGCGCGCGACCGGCCCCGCAGAGAGUCAGCUGAGAUUUUCAUGCCAGGUGAAGCAAAAGCCAGUGAAGAACUGAAGAAUGCUACCCUCCAGAGGCAAUUAAAAUGCUGCAGUAGCUGGUAGACAGCGGCCCUCUGUCGGGAGCAUUAUUUCAUUAUUUCAUCUCAGUUUACAGAGGAUUUACUUCUCAGAAGUUGGGCAAGCUCCAGCUCCACCAGUACACAAAUGGUAGACCACCGAGCUCUGACCAAGAGGAAGUUUCAAAAACAACUCUCCUUCAACAAGUUCUGUUUCCAAGGAAAGUGUUAACCAUUUGUCCCUUCUGGCGUACCCUCUUCCAUUGAAAUCCAUGCAGAAUAGUCCAGAGGCUGCUCCACCAAAGGCCUGUGAAUCUAUGUGCACAUCCAUUCAGAUGUUGCUGCAUAUAUGACUUCAUUUGCAUGGACCCCUCCCAAGCCCACGCCCUUGCUUAGCUCCCUGGGUCCUGCCUUUCUGGUGCUGAGGCAGGAGGACGUCACAGAGAUGGGCAGCAGUGAGCCCCUUCCUAUUGCAGAAGGUGACAAGAGGAAAAAGAAGAAGCGGAAGGCCCGGGCCACUGACUCCUUACCAGGAAAGUUUGAAGAUAUGUACAAGCUGACCUCUGAAUUGCUUGGAGAGGGAGCCUAUGCCAAAGUCCAAGGUGCCGUGAGCCUGCAGAAUGGCAAAGAGUAUGCUGUCAAAAUCAUCGAAAAACAAGCAGGGCACAGUCGGAGUAGGGUAUUCCGAGAGGUGGAGACGCUCUAUCAGUGUCAAGGAAACAAGAACAUUUUGGAGCUGAUUGAGUUCUUUGAAGAUGACACAAGGUUUUACUUGGUCUUUGAGAAAUUGCAAGGAGGCUCCAUCCUGGCCCACAUCCAGAAGCAGAAGCACUUCAAUGAGCGAGAAGCCAGCCGAGUGGUGCGGGAUGUGGCUGCUGCCCUUGACUUCCUGCACACCAAAGGCAUUGCUCACCGCGAUCUGAAGCCAGAAAAUAUAUUGUGUGAGUCUCCAGAAAAGGUGUCUCCGGUGAAAAUCUGUGACUUUGACUUGGGCAGUGGGGUAAAACUGAACAACUCCUGCACUCCCAUAACCACACCAGAGCUGACCACUCCAUGUGGUUCCGCAGAAUACAUGGCCCCGGAGGUGGUGGAGGUCUUCAGGGACGAGGCCACUUUUUACGACAAGCGCUGUGACCUGUGGAGCCUGGGUGUGGUCCUCUACAUCAUGCUGAGUGGCUACCCCCCCUUUGUAGGUCACUGCGGGGCCGACUGUGGCUGGGACCGGGGAGAGGUCUGCAGGGUGUGCCAGAACAAGCUGUUUGAGAGCAUCCAGGAAGGCAAGUAUGAGUUUCCUGACAAGGACUGGGCACACAUCUCCAGCGAGGCCAAAGACCUCAUCUCCAAGCUCCUGGUUCGAGAUGCAAAGCAGAGACUGAGUGCCGCCCAAGUUCUGCAGCACCCCUGGGUGCAGGGGCAAGCUCCAGAAAGGGGACUCCCCACGCCGCGAAUCCUCCAGAGCUGUGGCCUUCUUGAUGGUCCUUUCUGCCCCUGUAAACCUGAGGAGACAGGCCUCCUGGAGAGGGGCCGAGUCCAGCCCUGUGCCGGGAAGGUGCGCCUGGUGGGACCUCUCAAUCUGGGACCUCUCAAUCUAGCCCCUCAUUGGACCCGCGACACAAGGUGAAGGAGAUAUCAUUGCUCUUCCUUUUUACGCAAAGAAAUGAAGUUCGUCAGCAUUUGUCAAUCUCCUGUUCUGUGCCUGGACCCAGAGAUGAGUGAGAAGCAGCCUUUGCCCCCUAGGGUCUCCUCAUCAGACGGAAGAGGUGCCUAUCAGUAACCAUUACACAAGCCGUCUUCAAAAAGUAUUUUAUUAGAUGUGCUCUGUGCCCAGGCCAGCUACCCCACCCAGGCAGGAACAAAGCUCCCAUCUGUCUGGAGCAGCACUAAGCCUUUCUCAAGGAUCUGUUGUGGGGGUGUUGUGUGCUCCGGACUGUGCCAGACUUGGAACAAAGAAAACUGGCACCUCACAGCCAUGGCUCUUGUGUCCAUUGUGCAAAAGGGUUUUCCUGUGCUUCGUCCCGUGUCAUCCUCAGAGCCACACUGGAGAGGGCAGGGGUGGGAAGGGGGCGGCAAGGGGGAGGUCCGAGGGGUCAGGGCAGUGCACGAGGUGCUGCUGGCAGAUUUUCUCCCCAUGGAGAGCAGAGAGGGGUGAUGGGAUCAGGAGCUCCUCAUUCUAGGGGCUCUCCUGCAGUGUGGGUGCUUCCGUGUUGACGCUGACGUACUUUCUGUUGACUGUCUUCCCUUCCCAGUAACUGUUACCACCUUCACAUCCUGUCUUCUACCUGAAGUGAGAUGGGCUAGAGAAACAGGCCUGCAGAAUCGGAGCCUUUGGUCCCAAAGUCUCCCAGUCCCUGGGGGCUUAGAGCCAUGAUAUGAGUUUUGUCCAACUCCAGCACCAGCCCAGUCAGUCCUUCAGGUUGGCCAGCUGGGAUGGGACUUCCAGGGGCUUCCUGGACCAAGCACCCCCGACUCCAAGCUGCAUGUAGCUCCAGCCGGCUCUCGUGCCUCCAAGCCUUUGCUCAGGCUGUGCUGUGCCCUCUACAAGCCUGCCUCCCCACCCCAGUCCAACCAGCAAGGCCCCUCUCCUCCUUCACAGCUCUGCUUUUAAAUUCUACAGUGCCUACUUUGGUUUUGCUGGCAUUAUUGUGUGCUUACUAAGGAACAGCUGCUUGCAGAGAAAGUUCUAGGCAUUAUCUCAUUUAAUUUUCAUAUGAGGUAAAGUACCAUUAUGUUACCCGACUUAGAACUGAGCAGAGAAAGGAAAAAAUUACUUCGCUGUAUAGGUAGGAAGACAGAGAUGGAAUUCUCCCAAGAGAGACUUGAGAUCCAGAGCUGCACUGCAGGGGUUCAAGUCCCAGCCUUGCUACUUAACUAGCUUUGUGCCCUGGGCAAGUUCCUGCCCUGGGCGGCAGUUUCUUCAACCAAAAAUUGGGGCUGCUUAGCUCUUGGUGCUGUUGUGAAAUUGUGGAUUGAUUAACAAAGUGUUAGAGCAGUUCCAGGCACAUGCAGCAAGUACGCAGUAUAGGUUGGCUGUGAUAGUUGUGGUUGUUUUUAUUGCCAUCUCCUAGGGCAGAAUUAUUCCACUCGGUGCCAGUGAUGGAGAUGAGCUUUCCCCCUUUCCUUGGCUUGUGUGGGUGGAGACGGAUCUGGGCUUUCCAGGUGGGUCUGGCUUCUAGCCCUUUGUGGGGUCCUCCUACUGACAGGCUGCUCUGCCCCUCGGGGCUGGGGUCCCUGUCCCCAAGGGGCUGCUGUGGUGCCCAGAGCAGAGUCUGAGUUUGGGGAUUUCAGGGAUCCUAUGUUCUAGUCCUUCUGCUACUGUUCACUGGGUGGCCUUGGGAAGUCCCUGCCCUUUCUGAGGCCCAGGCCAACGUACCUGGCUCUGCUGGGCAGAGACGCAUGGCAGACACACUGAGGGGGGCUCUGAGGCCUUUAUCUGGGGUGGCCAGUCCCCUAGCUCUAGGGCUCAGGCUUGGACUGGGCCUUAGGAGAAAGAUGGUCCCAGCCAGCCGGCAUGUCCUAGACCUCAGGUCUCCUGCCUCAAAUCUAGUUAGUAAGACUCCUAUCUGACCCCUAGUUUGGGCCCUGGGCAUAGGGGCCAAGUGUUUCUCCCUGUGGGUGUCCACCUGCCUGAGCUCUGGGGCACCCUCCUCCCUCCUGGCCCAAAGCCCUGUUCCACGAACAGCAGUGCCCUGGUCCCGUGCCAACUGCUCCAGCUGCUUAGGUCUGGAGGGGAGCGAAGAGCAAGGUCCCCCCACGGCUGGCACUCUUGUUGCCAUGGUAGCAGUUGCCUUGGAAGCCACUUCCCCAGAGUUUAGCUUCUGAACAGUCUGGGAAAGCUGCCCGUCCCCCAGGGGAUCGGUGCAUUAAUCACGCUCUUUUCCAGGGUCCUCACCUCUCAAGGAAAAUAAACAGAACUAAACCACACUGAGGCCUUCCACCCACUCUUCCUCCCCACCCCAGGCCAGCCUUGGACUUGGCACCUCUGGGAAAGAAGGAGCAGAGGCAGGCACUCCAACCCCAGCCUUGCCCAGAGACAGAGAUGACCCAUUGCCUAUACAGCCCCCGGGUCCAGAGGCCUGGGGGACCCAGACUUCAGCGAGGAGGGCUCUGAUGCUUGCAGGGUGGGGAACAGGUGGGGUGAUCAGUCUCUAGUGACUUGGACCUCCAUCUCCUUACCUAUUGUAGGAAACACAUCACCCAAGGACAGGCUUGUAUUUUCUUUUUCACAGAUGAAACAGCCUAUAUUGAGGAAAGAAUUGGCAAGCCUUCCUCUCUAUAUUUCUAAUCAAUGGAAGAGUGGGCGUCACAAAGGUUUUAAGAUAACCAAUGGAUGAAUGGGCAUCCAAAGGUUUUAAGAAGCCUUUAAUGACACUCCCCUGCCGUGAUGGAAAAAAUGGAGGCCUUGACUGAACACAGUGCCUCCCUCUGAUGGUGGGGUUGCCAAUUCCUCCCACCUCAAAUAAGACAAUUUAGAAAUUCAGAGACAAAGAAAUGCUAGAGUACUUCUGAGCUGAGCUGGGAAUCUGGACACAGGUUCUGUCAAGGUCUCUGGGGCAACCCUUCUUUCCCCAUGCCUCAGUCUCCCCAUCUGUUCUAUAAAGGAGCUUGCAUGGAUUUGUAGUUCUGUGAUCUUGUAACUGAUAAUAGCUUCAUGUGUCUCUCCUCCGUAUUUCCUCCUCUGACUUUGUGCCCUGAGGAAUUUACAAUGUCAAAAAAACAAAAACAAAAAC